CCUUUGGAAAUCGAGUAUUCAAUAUUUUGCACUAUCUCCGAAUAAAAUCGUAAAGGUGCUGCCAAAGAAAUGCUGGCACGCGGUCUCUUGGCAGCUGCUCGUGAGGGGCUCAGCGCGGCUCCGGGCAUGACGCGGUCAAUAUGUACCGUUAAGCUGCCGGACCUUCCUUACAGCUAUGGCGCGCUUGAGCCCUACAUUUCGGGGCACAUCAUGGAGUUGCAUCACGCCAAGCACCAUGCCGCGUACGUGGCAAACCUUAACAAAGCUCUUGAGCAGCAAGCUGAAGCAGAGGCUAAGGGCGAUGUCUCAAAGCUUAUCACACUACAAGGUGCCAUCAAGUUCAACGGAGGUGGCCACAUCAACCACGACAUCUUUUGGACCAACCUAAUCCCGGCGAAGGACUUUGAGCCUCCGUCGGGUGAGCUGAAAACCAUGAUCGAGGCGCAGUGGAAGUCUCUGGACAGCUUCAUCAGCACCUUCAACGCACAGACCGCCGCCGUGCAGGGCUCCGGCUGGGGCUGGCUGGGCUACAACAAGGGCACUGGGCGGCUGGAGAUCACCACCAUGCCGAACCAGGACCCUCUUAGCGUUACGGGCCUGGUCCCACUGCUUGGGGUGGACGUCUGGGAGCACGCCUACUACUUGCAGUACAAGAACGUUCGUCCCGACUACCUGAAGGCCAUUUGGAACGUGGUCAACUGGAAGAACGUGGCCGACCGCCUGGCUGCCGCCAAGCAGUAAACUGUUGCAGCAGCAGCAGCAGCAACAACAACAACAACAGAAGCGGGCAGCAGCCCCGGAACCGCUCUUCAGUGGCUGCAUGUUUGGAGAAGAUGCCGGUAUUAGUUAGUUACCUCGCGGCAGCCAGGCGGCUCCGAAACGCGGCGCGUGCGAGUAUGAGCCCGCAAAGGCUACAGGAUCCUUCCGGGUCGAGGGGGCCGCGGGGGUUGGAUGACCGUGUUGAGCAGCAGCACAGCAACCUGAGGAAGACCGCUCUUGGAGGGGCCCCUGGAGGGGGCUGUGGUGUAAUAAGCGCUUUCGACGUGUGCGCGGUGCGGUUAUCAGCAGGGAGCAUGCAUGUGCCAUCUCCUCUUGGAAAGGAGGAGUUCCAGGAA